AUGGCACCUCCGAGCUCUCGUACCUCGAGUGUCCGUCCUCCAAGUUCCCGCCCAGGCGUGAGAACAAGUACACGAGCGCCAUCAACACGAUAUGGUUCUUCACUUGCGACGCGCAACGGCGCGGUCUCACCGACUCCAUCUGUCGCUUCAACGGCCACUGUUAACUCCAUCGGCAAUAAGCGCAAGGAACGCGAUUUUGAGGCUGAGGCCAGUACGGAAGAGACAAAUAUCCAGGUCGUUGUUCGAUGUCGAGGACGCAACGAGCGCGAGGUCAAGGAGAACAGCAAUGUCGUUGUUACAGCGGACUCUGUCAGGGGAAAGGUUGUUGAGUUGUCUAUGGGCUCAAAUGCUUUGAGCAACCGCUCUUACAACUUUGACCGCGUCUUUUCUCAAGCAGCCGAUCAAUACAUGGUCUUUGACGACACAGUGAAGCCUAUUCUGGACGAGAUGCUUGCCGGAUAUAACUGCACGAUCUUCGCCUACGGACAAACAGGCACCGGUAAAACAUACACCAUGUCUGGUGACAUGACUGAGACAAUGGGAAUGCUCUCAGACGAUGCCGGCAUCAUUCCUCGAGUGCUCCAGACUCUUUUCACCAAGCUCGAACUCGAAAACGCCGAGAGCACCAUCAAGUGCUCAUUCAUCGAACUUUACAACGAAGAACUCCGCGAUUUACUUGCCUCCGAAGACGGUGCCAAGCUCAAAAUUUACGACGACACAUCGCGAAAAGGCCACUCGAGCACGCUUGUUCAGGGCAUGGAGGAGAAGCACAUCAAGACCGCCAAUGAGGGUGUUCAAGUGCUCCAGGAGGGCAGCUUGAAGCGUCAGGUGGCGGCUACGAAGUGCAACGAUCUCAGUUCUCGUAGUCACACAGUCUUUACUAUCACAGCCUACGUCCGAAAGCCUAAUGAGCAUGGUGUUGAGGCUCUUGUUAGUGCUGGAAAGCUGAAUCUCGUCGAUUUGGCUGGAAGUGAGAACAUUCAGAGAUCUGGAGCUGAAAACAAACGCGCCGCUGAAGCUGGUCUUAUCAACAAGUCUCUCUUGACUCUUGGUCGAGUCAUUAAUGCUCUCGUGGACAAGAGCUCCCAUAUUCCUUACAGAGAAUCCAAGUUGACUCGACUAUUGCAAGACUCUCUUGGAGGCCGAACGAAGACCUGCAUUAUUGCUACUAUUUCCCCCGCGAAGAGCAACUUGGAAGAAACUAUAUCGACACUGGACUAUGCUUUUAGAGCCAAGAACAUCAAGAACAAGCCUCAGCAGAAUCCCAUGGUUGAGAAGAAGACAUUAUUGAAGGAAUUCACCAUGGAGAUCGAGAAGCUCAAGAGCGAGCUCAUUGCUACCCGCCAACGCAAUGGUGUUUACCUUUCCAAUGAGGUAUAUGAGGAGAUGACGGCACAGAGCGAGUCUCGUCGUAUUGUGAACGAAGAACAGACUGCUAAGCUUGAGACUCUUGAAAGCAACCUGCGCAACAAAGUUCAGGAGCUUUUCAGCCUCCAGUCAACAUUUCUGGGUCUCAAGAAGGAUCACGAGGGUACAAGGGCUCAGCUAGACGAUACGAAGGAAGUGUUGGACCAGACUGAGAUUGUUUUAUCAGCAACACGGAAGUCGCUCGCUGAGGAGACCAAGAUCAGAAAGGCGCACCAAAAGACAGAGCAGAAGCUUACCGAAGUUGGCGGAGAACUCAUCAACAAGCUCCAUACGACAGUCCGCGAUGUUGAUGGUCUUCAUGCCAAGAACAGGCGAAAGUCGGACCUUCAGUCCAUCAACCGAAACACAUGGACGACAUCUCAAGAUCAAGUUGCUGAUGUCACAACCAUGGUCGAGCGCCGAAUCGAGGAGUUCCAGGGGGAGCAGCAAGAACAUAUCUCAAGCGUUGGAGAGCGUAUGGGCAACUUUGUUGAUGAGGAACUGCGCAAACUAUCAUCCACACAAGCUUUCCUGGAUGAGCACCUCAAUACCUUUGCCGGGUCUAAGAAGGAAUUGCUUGAAUCUAAGCAAAAGUCGAAGGAAGAUAUGGAUGGAGUCUUGGAGGAGAUCAAGGUUGUUCGUGAUACGGUCAAGGAGCGUAUGGGAGAGAGCCUGCAGUCCAUCUCCCACUCUGCUGAGAGGAUCGCAGCAGAUAUGAUGAGUGAAAUGACUGCUUUCCACGGACAGCUACAUAACUCCUACAGCGCUCUUGGAAAGGACUUCAAGACUAUCUUCGAAGAACUUGUCAAGCACAUUACGGCCCAGAGAGCCGAGUGCGAUAGCUUGAAGCGACAACUACAAUCCGCGACCAAUACCAUCGUCCUACAGAACGCCACUAUCUCUUCUCGAAUUCAAGAUGCCCUGACUGAAGAGCGUCGCCUGGCUGUUGACGACCGCCAGAAGCUCAUGGCUCAGAUCUCGACUCUUAUCAACAACACAGCCGAGACUCAGGAGUCGCGUUUCCAUGUCAAGGCCUCUCAGAUCCAGAAGAGCAUUACUGCUACAAGCACCGACCUCGAGCAGGCCAUUGACACUUACGGCGAGGGCAUGUCCUCUUGGGAUUCCAAGGAGAAUGAGAUGCUCGAGGAAGUCAAGAAGUCUCGGGACACGCUCAAGACGAAGCUCAAGGAUGACUGGACAGCUGCCAAUGACCACAGUAGCUCCAUUCAAGCUACUGCUAAGUCUGUGCAUGCUGAGACUGUUCGUGUUGUCGAUGAGCAGAUCAAGGAUCUCGACGUCCAAAUGGAAGCUCUCGACGACUUCGUCACUCGAGCCAGGACUGAGAACGGUCACCAUCACGAGGCUCACAACCAGUCUGUCAAGGCUCUGUCAAACACUGUCGAGGAGUCUUUUGGAAACAUUUCGGCUCACUUCAAGUCCACAUUCGAUCGUGUCAAGAAUCUGGGCGAGGAGAUGGAGAUUGACCUUGGUGAUCUCCAGGAAGGCCUGGAGCCUUUGAACGAUCAGCUCUGUCGCCCUCUUGCUAACCUGCGUGAGGAUGUCACCAAGACUACUCUUCAAGAAUACCAACCUACCGGUGAAACCCCUGCGAAGGUCCAAUACCACUACCCUACCGAUCUCCCCCGUACUCAAGACCAUGAUCUCAUUAUUUCAAGCAUUGACGAGGUCAUGACACCAACAAAGGAGCGCGAGUCGACCGAUAAGGAUGCUACCAUUGUCUUUGCUGAUCUCGAUUGUCCUCAGAAAAUGGUGAGCUCCCCAGUUCGGCCACCGCAACGUAUGUCCAUGGCUAGCGCCCCUGAACAUAUCGGUAUGCCCUCAAGUCUCAGAGAGGUGAACCCCAAUGUGCCCAAUGCAUCAGGCAACCUCACAACCGGAUCCAUUAGCUUUGACCCUCGGGCCAGCAUAUCAUCCAUGCCUCCCGAGCGCACAAUGCCACUAUUUAAGCGCAACACGCGUGCGACUCGCAGCACAAAGAAGGUUGGCAGCAGGGAUCCCAUCAUCUCUGAGGGCGGCGAGAACACACUCCCGACAGCGCUCGAGGAAAGCCUGUCGAGGAGGAAGAGCCCUAGAAUCAACUAG